AUGCCUACGAUAUCUUCCGCCGGCGACGGCAGGAGGCGGACGCGAAGCCAAGUUCAGGACUCUGAUAAACGAAGGGCCGACGAAUUUGAGAUGGCACCAGUCGACACGACCAAGAGGCUGAGGACUUGGGGCGGAUCUCGUCGAGUGCUGCAGCCAAUCAGUAUCAAAGAAGAAGAAGACAAGGAAGACAUUCGUGUCAAAGCAGAGCCGACACCGCCAGUUCCUUCGCGCUCCGGCACAUUCAUGAGGCGCUGCCGUCUUCCAUGUGACUGGGACGAUGACACGCCUCAGCCAUCCUCUCCACACUAUCACUCUACCAACAAUCGGCUCCCGCCUUCAAGCAGGCAGCAGGCUUCGAGUCUUACAGCCAAGCUUCGCAAUCGAAGAGAUCGCAGUGAUACAAGCAUCGUAGCUCCAAAGAUUGAGAGCAGCUCUAGAACAAUGCACGAGAAUGAAGCUCCCGCCCGAGGAGCUCUUAGUCGCCGGGACCCCACAGAGACACCAUCCAUCGCUGUGCUGCGCCAGGAGCAGCAGAACCGGGAGGAAGAUAUCAGACUUGUGCGAGAACGCAUUGCUCGGCAAUAUCCACUCUCUGAAUCCAGGACUGAUGGUUACGUCGCGGAGCCCGAGCCUGAAAAUGAGGACGGCGAUUCCUGUGGAGAAGGCAAUGUAGAAUCUGGCGGCAACAGAUUUACGCCCACUAGAGAGCGCUCGUCGAUGGGAGAUGACAGCGACGACAAAGACUUGUCAUCCGAAAAUGACGACACCGACAGUGACAAAGAUGAGAAUCAGCCUUUGAUCCACGUGCGUUCUCGCCUUAGAGUGGCAACCUUUCGAGUGAUAUCUCCUAUACCCAAAUACGAGGAUGACGAUAUGACCGAGAGCGAAGAUGAGAACAAGGACGAUGCUGCUUCUUCACCUGUGCAGAACGACGCGGACGAUCGGGAUAUCGAAUCCUCGUCCUCGAUCGCUUCCUCCUCCGCAGCAUGCUCCACGUGCGGCGAGUCUGAAGCCUCCGAGGACGAAGACUUGGAAAGCCACGCCAGCAACCUCCCCACCGACGUCGAGCCCAGCGUCGCAAUCUACGACGACGAGGACGCCCAUGCGCGCCUCAACGACGUGCUGAGACGCGCCCCCGCGCCGUCCCCCACAAGGGACCACGAGACCGCCGCCGGCCGGUCCAUCCAUAACGGAAUGCAACUGCGGUCGCCCGCUCAAAUCAUGCGGCAGCGGCAGGACGACGUCGCCGCCGACCAACAAGACGCCAACGCCAAUGCUGGCAGCAGCACCCGCUUCCAAUCGUCAUCGCCCCCGCGCGCCUACGACUACGACGAGUACCGCCUUCGCGCCCGCUACCUGGAGCAGUUCAAGGGACUGACGGCCGCGCAGCUCGACGAGGCCGGCCGCGACUUGGACUAUAUGGCGCGCAAGCUGAACUCCAAGAGGAGCGCGUACGAGAUAGCGCUCCAUGAGCGGGCCUUUCCGCGCUACUAG